AUGGAGCUCACUAUGUUAGCAGUUGCUGCUGCUGGGUCCCUGCUCGUCCCACUUGGUCAUUGUCUGAGACCGCGGACCACAGACGGAAUAUCUAGCUGUGGAAGUACCUGGAUGCCUAGGGACGACGUUACGAUUGCUCAAGGAACUGAUACACGCACAGGCUUCAGCACUGCGGUGCAAGCCUUUUGCAGCGCGGCGAAUGGACAGACGGUGGAGCCUAAUGGGUAUCUCUCUAUGGCAACGGAAGUCUACCUUAACGGCGGAAAGGACCCGGCCACGUACGGGGUUCUUGGAUUUGUAUAUUUCGAGGUCCAUAACAAGCAAAGCUCGGAUCAUACUAUCUCAACCGACAGCUGUAAAAACUACCUCUUGGCACUGAGCGCAGAUGGAGGUAACUGUUCCGGAGAGACUAAUCAUGAUACGAAAGGCGGUACUUGGCAAGUUGGGGAUAAUGGUGUUUCUUACCACGCCCUCGCCAACGAGAUACCGCCCCAACAAGACGCCAUUGACAAGCUGUUCUCCGGCGCAGCCUUGGCGGCCCAGGACGUCAAUAUGGGAUCCGGACCGCCAUUGAACCCGUGGCCCCUAGAUUCCCUAAAGAGCGUAAAGCCCACCAACUGCCAUAGCCAUAACGACUACACCCGUGACAUACCCAUUUACUCGGCGAUGAGUGCGGGAUGCAUUGGAAUCGAAGCUGAUGUGUUCCUCGCGGACGGAGAUGUCAUCAUCGGCCACGUCGCUCCAACACCUGGCAGAACGCUGAAAGUCCAGUACACGCAGCCGUUGCGAGAUAUAUUAGACCACAACAAUGGGGGCUCCCCCGGUAGUAAUGGCCUGUACCAAGCCGAGCCUGGACAGAGCGUCACACUGCUGGUAGACUUCAAGACUUCCGAUAACGGAACUCUGGAUGCUGUCGUGAAGGCGCUGCAACCCCUCCGGGAUGGAGGAUACUUGUCUCGCCUCGACGGGGGCAAAUUUGUCGAAAAGCAAAUUACUGUAGUGGCUAGCGGAAGUGCGCCGUUCGAUCGCAUCAACUCCGGCGACGGUGUUCCUGACCGAGAUGUAUUCUACGAUGCCAAGGUGGACCAGUGGGAUGCUGAAUACACCAGCGCGAACUCGUACUACGCAUCAGCCGACUUCAAGGAUGCGAUUGGAAGUCCCGGAAGCGCGAGCUCUUUCAGUCAGGAUCAGAAAGAUAAAGUCCAAUCUCAGGUACAGAAUGCUCAUUCGGCAGGGCUCAAAGUUCGUUAUUACGAUCUGCCAGGAGAUUAUAUGUGGGAGCCGCUGAUGCAGCUUGGUGUCGACCGACUGAACGCUGACGACAUGUAUGAUACAGCAAGGCUCCCUCGAGUAUGA